GCUUCUGGAGGAGGUAGGGUUUUUUGUUUCAUCUUCCUCCAUAGAAAUCGCACAACUCUAACGUGCAAUAAAUUGCUGUCUGUAGCCGACAUUGAAAACACUGAAGAAAGGAACGGUUGCCAUGGCUGAAUCUUCUAUGUUCAGGGUUCCUCAAACCAUUGGCCAUAUUUUAUGUUGCAAAUGUGGUGUUCCUAUUGUUCCAAAUGGUGCCAAUAUGUGUGUCACAUGUUUGCGGUCUGAAGUUGAUAUCACUGAAGGAUUAAAGAAGCAUGUCAUCAUUAUGCAUUGUCCUGAGUGUGAUAGCUACUUUGAGCCACCGAGGACUUGGAUUAAAGCCCAAUUAGAAUCAAAGGAGCUGCUGAAAUUUUGCAUUGGGAAAUUGGGUGAUUUAAAUAAGAAGGUUAGGCUUGUUGAUGCAUCAUUUGUUUGGACUGAACCUCACUCUAAAAGGAUCAAGGUCAAGCUCACGGUUCAGAAGGAAGUGCUUAAUGGAGCAAUUCUUGAACAAUCUUAUGUCGUUGAGUAUGUUCAGCAAGAUCACAUGUGUGAGAGUUGUACGCGAAUACAGGCUAACCCUGAUCAGUGGGUUGCUGCUGUGCAACUCCGGCAGCAUGUUCCCCACAGACGAACGUUCUUUUAUCUGGAACAGUUGAUUUUGAAGCAUGGUGCUGCUUCCCAGGCCAUUAAAAUCAAGCAGGUCGAUGAAGGUAUUGAUUUCUUCUUUGCCAAUAGGAGCCAUGCCAUGAGGUUUGUGGAAUUUGUGGGUAAAGUCACUCCACUUAGGAAUCGCCAUGAUAAACAGCUAGUUUCUCAUGAUCCUAAGAGCAAUAAUUACAAUUACAAGUAUACAUUCUCAGUUGAAAUCUGCCCUAUUUGCCGUGAGGAUUUGAUCUGUUUGCCUCCAAAAGUUGCAACUAGUUUGGGAAAUCUUGGUCCUAUUGUUAUCUGCACAAAAGUGACGGACAGAAUUGCUUUACUGGACCCAUUCACUCUGAGGCACUGUUUCUUGAGUGCUGACCAGUAUUGGAGGGUGCCAUUCAAAUCUUUAUUCACUAGCAGACAGUUUGUAGAAUACAUCGUGUUGGAUGUGGAGCCUGUUUCAAAUGAAGUUGAUUUUGGUGGAACCAAGUACAAGUUGGCAGAUGUCCAAGUGGCUCGAAAAUCUGACUUUGGGAGGAACGAUAAUAUUUUCUAUGUAAGAACACAUCUAGGCCAUCUUUUGAAUGCUGGUGAUUAUGCUCUUGGUUAUGACAUCUAUGGAGCAAACAGUAAUGACAUGGAAUUGGACAAGUACAGAGGCCUGACCCUUCCAGAUGCAAUUUUGGUUAAGAAGAGCUAUGGGGAAAAGCAUGAGAAGAAGCGUGGCAAGGCUCGUCCGUGGAAGCUUAAGUCUCUUGAGAUGGAAGUUGAUGAAUCCAAAGGCAGAUCCGACAAUGACAAGAUGGCUUCAGAGUAUGAAGGGUUCUUGAGAGACCUGGAAGAGAACCCUGAGUUAAGGUUCAAUAUAUCGUUGUACCGCAAUAGAGAAUACCAGCCAUCAGAGAAUGCUUCCAUGACUACUGGGGAUGAUUUGCCUUCUGUCCCGUUGGAAGAGUUGCUUGCAGACCUUGAUAUAAGUGAUGAUGAAGAUGAAGAGAACAACAUGAGGGAUUGAUUUGAUGGAAACAUGUUAAAUCCAUGGACGAGGAUAUAUCUCUGUCAUUUUCUUGCAAGGAAUGUGUGGGUAGCAUUUGUGUUUAAUUAUAGUUGGAAGGCACAGUAAGAAUGUGUGUUGAAACCGAGUACAGGGGAGAUGUGCAAGGGGCACCAGACUUUGACAAGAAGCCAGGAGCUAUAUACUUGUCCCCAGAAUUGGUGAGAAUGCUGAUCGGAUGGUGCAGCCAUCCCCACACAAGAUCCAUGGGAGAAGGGAGGUCGGCUGGCUACCCUAGCCCGUGGGGUUUACAUGUUAUCCAUGGCGUGCCAUGUGUCUUUUUAUUAUCAUUUUUUUAAAGAAAUUUUGAAUUGUUUAUUUAUUUCUUAAUGUAUGAAUCUUCAUAUUUGAGAAUAAGCAUGGACUUAAUUG